AUGUCUUCUCUCAAACGCUUCCAAAACCUUAUUCGCUUUAUUGGCUCUGAUGGCCUUAUCCACUACGGCGACGCCAUUAUCCCAUCUUCUGCUUCUUCUGCCUCUGCUGCUACCGAAGCCUUUCUCGUUAAGGGUAAUCCUUUCACUACCCCGCUCUGCGUCACCUCGACCCGCGCACAAAUCCUUAAGCUCUUGAGCCCGAUCGCGCCAUCAGACGUCGGAACCCUCCGUUGUCUUGGACUAAACUACCGCCAGCAUGCAAAUGAACUUUCUCUCCCAUUCCCAGAGUUCCCAGUUCUUUUUUUCAAACCUACAACCACACUUGCAGGCCCUACUGACCCCCUCAUUGUUCCCCGCAUUGCCCAACGACGCGAUAAGUACUCCGAGCGUGAAGAAGGUGCCCCAGCAGAAGUUGAUUACGAGGUCGAGCUCGUCAUUGUAAUUGGACCUAAGCCUGUGCGUGAUGUUCCUGUUGAAAAGGCCCUUGAUUAUGUUCUUGGAUAUACUGUUGGAAACGAUUACUCUCAACGCACUUGGCAGUCUGCCCGUGGUGGCGGCCAAUGGUCUCUCGGUAAGAUGUAUGACGGUUGGGCCCCCAUUGGGCCUGCCAUUGUGGCUGCAGACAUUGUUGGCGACCCACAAGCGCUCCAUGUUUCCACCACUGUCAACGGUACUACCGUCCAAGAUGGAUCUACUGGCGAUAUGAUCUUCUCCGUCGCACAAGCUGUAUCAUUCUUAUCCCAGGGCUCUACUCUCAUGCCUGGCGACCUUAUCUUCACAGGAACACCCUCUGGCGUUGGUGCUGGCCGCACCCCUCGUCUCUGGCUCAAGCACGGUGACGAAGUGACCGUUUCUCUUUCCAAGGUUGGUUCCGUUACAAAUACAAUCAUCUAUGAGUCUGCUGAGUCAGGCACCCCCAAAUUGUAA